AUGAAUGAUAGAAUCUUUGGCCUUAAGAAACAAUUAGCAGAUUUUGGAGCCAAGAUGGGGAGUUGGAGGCGCAGCUUGCUAGGAGUUAAGAAGUGUCAAAAGGUUGUGGAGGAAGCUAAGGUGAAUGCUGCUAUUGAGCAGUCUUUGAUACAUUCAAGAUUUGACAAUGUUGAGUGUCAAGAUAACGCUUGCAUCCUCUAUAUUACCGCGGCUGCUGGCACAAAGUUAGUCGAUGCUUAUUCCCCAGAUACUAUCAUUGCUUCUUCUCAGGGAAAAGAAGUUCACGACCUAUGGGCCUUCUACCUUCAAGUGGCAUUGCUCCGUCAAGCUUUCGCCCAUUGCGGAAAACUCCCCAUUGCUGCCUCCCGUAGGAGUCUGGGCCGUGUCUCAGUCCCAGUGUGGCUGAUCAUCCUCUCGGACCAGCUACUGAUCAUCGCCUUGACCCCACCGUCCUCCGGCGUGCAGUCUCUCUCUGUCGAUUCUCAACCUCCUUCCUCCUCUUCAACUCCACAGAUGAGUUUAGAAGAAAAGUUCAAGAUUAUAAGAAGUGUAGGGGAAGAAUGUAUUCAAGAGGAUGAACUGCUAAAUCUUCUAAAUCUUAAACUCGAACCUAUUUGCUAUGAUGGCUUGAGCCUUCCGCGCGUAAUGCACAUUGCUCGCUCUUCAUUUAGAUUUAUUGUGUUUCUUUUAAAUGUUGAAUUCUUAUGGUCUUCGAUGAAAUUAACCCGUGGCAUCGAGUAUUGGCCACUUGUGAUGGAUAUAGCUCGAAACAAGUCGCUCGGGAUAAUGAGGUGUUGUCAAAAUGGGCGUAGUGAGCAAGAUGAGUUGUUAGUCGCCCAAAUUCUUUACCCAUGCAUGCAAUGUCUUGACAUAUUUUUCCUUAAGGCGGACAUUUGCCAGUUAGGCAUGGAUCAAAGGAAGGUUAAUGUGCUUGCAAGAGAGUACUGUGAUGACAUUAAGAGGAAAAACAAACCAAUUAUUUUGUCUCAUCAUAUGCUUCUUGGUCUCCAGCAAGGACAGGAGAAAAUGUCCAAAAGUGAUCCAUCAUCAUCAAUCUUUAUGGAAGAUGAGGAGGUAGUCUGUCUUUGA